GUUUAAAGUGCUAUUGUUACCUAUUGUCAUCUAUUGGUGACGGCGUGAGAGCCCGAGAUCCACUGCUCAUCAAGACAAUUUUAUCUCUGUUCUUUGUUUCGUUACUUUGUUAUUGUUUCUUAUUGGCAAUUGUUUAAAUUUCUCACUUCUCCAAAACAGGGUAAUAGCUAUACGGUAUAAUGCGAUCUUGGGAACAAGUAGUUUUCAAAAGGAUGCAACUAUACCUUGCAAUUAAAGAGCGCUAAAGAAUAAUUGCAGUAAUUUGUUUGUCAAGCACGCGGCGUCCGCGAAUUGUAAAUUCCCUGAGGACUAAUUUCAUCACACGCCGCGCUUAGAGUUCAGUUGGCGAGCGUAAUUAAAGCAGGUAUCGCGCGACUGGGUGCGAUAGAAAAAUAUAUGGCGGGACGGAGAAAAAAUUGUGUUACGCUCUUUUGCAUUGCAGUUUGGAAAGUGAACAAAAUUGGUUUUUACGGAGGUUUCGGAGGUGGCUCAAAAGUGUGCUGAAAACGCUCAUAACAUUUAUUCUACAGACCACAAGCCGUUGCGGGGAAAGACUCUUGACACGAUCAAGAUUUAACGCAGCUGUCGCAGAUGCGUGGUUUUCUACCAAAUGAUCAUAUGAUCAUAAAAAGUAUUUCGGAGCAAUCGGGAAUGCUCGGAACUCUAUUGUCUGUUGACAACUUGUACAGUUGAUGGACAGUUAUUCCACUGGGUAUUCGCAGCUCCUAGAAAUUUUGUGUAAAUUUGCAUUUGUAAGAGACAACCCCAACCAAUUGGAGGCCAUUGAGAGCCCUCACGGGAGUUCUAGGGAGACAAGAGUAAUUUAUGCCAGUAAGUAAGUAUUUCUCCUACAAACAAAAGUCAUUCUGCGCCAUGGAUGCGUGCGAUCGAGCACGGCUUUUGAAUACUGAUGUGUUAAAUUGAACAGAACAUAAUAAAAACACAGGCAAGACAAUCGAAAGUGAUUUAGGCUCCGAAAUAAGAUGCAUCGUUUAUUUGAAUAGGACAAUCACAUGAGUUUUGGAGGCAUACAAUUUAUUUGUGGCCCAAGUAGCAUCGUUUGCGCGUAUUGAUAAUAAUACGGCUAUUUGUCAAUUGUUUUAUCUUUAGUUGGUUAAUUCUCAUUUGCGUUCCAUAUCAGGCGAUGUUGUGUCAACAUACAUCUCUAAAAGAUGGAAAGGGUUAUGAAGGAAUGGGUAACGGGAAAAGGGGAAUCUCUAAAACGGGAAAUAUCUUUGUUUUGUUCAGCGAAAUGAGGAAUACACUAUGAAGGAUAAGAUGCAAGCCCAGGUAAAUGCUAUUGUUAUACUGCUUUUUACUUCUGUUCUCAUGUUUUACAGGUUUCAAUUACAUCGCCCCUCAAGUAUGGGGGUCCGAGUGGUGGCCUUUCUGUUUUUAGUUGGUCUCUUGCUUUCGAAUGCUGCCUUACACGCUUGGGGAUUACUUGAUGACGUUAUACUGCGGGACAAUCGUUUGGUCGCUAUUUACAAGGAUGUCUCCGACGAGCUGGUGGAAAGGUCAGUGGUUGACCCCGCUGACGAACAAACGGUCCAAGAGUAUCUGGACAGAGCAGUGGUUCAAGAGAAGGUCAAACGAAGCUGGGAUCAGCUAAAGGCAGGUGCACCAAAGACAGUCACAGAAACAACAACGCCUGGAGGUGGAAAACAGGUCACAUUUGAAAAAACUGGAGUAAUAUCUCUAAAAGGAGUAUUUCAGUUUAUGCAGUAUUAUCCUCUUCUUUACGGCAAAGAAACAAACCCCACAGAAUUUAAGGUACCAAUCGGAAGCGACGAUUAUACGUUUAAACUCGCCAAUAAAGGCGACGGGACCUUUUCACUACACGCCGUACGCUCCGGCACGGACGUGGAUUUGUCUAAUCUUCAGGACCCUGUUAAGACUCUGUCUGACUCCAAUCUGAAGGCGGCCUUAAGGAAGACGGUACAAGAUGUGUCUUUACAAGCGUUAGAUGCAAAUUUAGACAGUCAGCCCGAUUUUAAUGCGGAACUACUGAAACAAGACAAAGAAAAAACAGUUUCCUCCAACGAAAGGGAUAAAGCCUUCAGCGCAGCCAGAGAUUUUAUGGUUGGAACUGCUGUCCGAAAGAGCAAAUUAGCCGGUCUAAUUCCACCGCCUUCCGAUUGGCUCAAGACGACAAGCGAGGAUAUUGGUUCAAAAAUGUAUGAAGUAAGGGAGCAGCUAAGCAAAGAGAUAGCGGCCGAAGGGGAAACAAAACUUAAAUUUGAAUUAACUCAGAGCCUGCUCCAAAGCAGGGAUGAGGCAAUUGAUAGGUGGAAAGAAUGGACGACCCCCGACAAGACAACAAAUAAAAGAAUUAUUGAAGAUGAAGAAGUCACAGAAGGAAAAAGCAAAGUUAGAAGAGUGAUAGUUCACGAAUCUGAUAAGGUUCCCCUAAAAGAGGUAUUCAGAACAUUACAAUCUUAUAACGACAUAUUCGACACUCAAGGACUCAAACAAACGAGGUUUGAAGUUCCAAUUGGCGGAGAGAAAAGAAAAUUUCGUUUGAGCAAGAGUCGACCACGUUAUGGUAAACACCAGAUAGCGGUAUAUACUAAUGAUGCUGAUUGGCCUGGUACUUCGAAACGAGGCAACAAAGGCAAAGGUGGUGUAGUGCCAGCGUCUUACGAUACAUUACUAGAUGAUGUCCUUAAGCCAUUUCCUGACCAUGAUAAGCUAGCAACGUCUAUGCUAGAGGCUGUCGAUAGCAAUCUUGAUAAACAACCUGACUUCUCCACAGAUUUAAAAAUCCCAAACAACGACCUCGAGACCGCAGACACCAUUCGAGCUGCUACAGAAUUUCUGACUAUUUCAAUGAUUGCAGAAGCAGCUCGGCCGUUGGAUGAGGUCAGAGCUAAGUUUUUAAAGGAUCUUGCUCAGAAAAUAAGAGAUGAAAAGACGUUUCCAGACAGUAUUCCCAACCUGGCAGAUUUGAAUGGAGUUGAUAAGUCAGGAAGAAGUCCAACAAUGGACACUUACGUUCAAGGGGUGCUAAAAAACCUUCCAAGCAAACAAAAACGCGUAGACGAAGAGUUUAACGAUGCUGACUAUCCCGUAAGAAAAAAAGGUGUUGGAGCAAACGAAGGACGCAAAUUGCUACAUAAUAAGGGCAGUGAGACAGUUCCCUCAUAUCUCAUCCGCAAACGAGCUGCUGGAGAUCACGAUGGAGAGGUCAUUGCCGAGAAGGUCGCAAAAUAUUGCACAGGGACGAGACGUCGAAGAAAGCGCUUUGCCUGCUCACUAGGUAAUAAAGACUCCUCUGCAACUGUCGAUGAGAGCUCCAUUAAAGUUAAUGAAGACAAGGUGGAGUUUGACGUGAUAGAUCGUCGCGAUGCCAAAGAACGUGAGCACGUGCAGUUAGAAAUAAGCCCUGAAGAGCUGGCUACACCCAAGCUGAUUGAGGACAAGUUAUCAAAAUCGAAAAGGUCUGGAGCUACCGAGGCUUACUCCAAGGUAAAUAAAGGUCUAGCUGUUCACGGUCUGAUAUUUUCCGUUCUGGGGGCUGUAAACUACUUCCAGGAAGGUGAUAACCUUCGAGGUGCCAUUUCCGUGGCUCAGUCUGCCCAUACACUUGGAGGACUUACCGGGCUCAAUGAGAUAGUUUCCAAGGUUGGAAAACGAGUUAUAAGUAGUGCAACUAAAGGGUUAGCAAAAGGUCUGAAUUUAGAGAAAGGCUUGGAAAGGUUAUCUACCAACGUUGAACGGUUUGCAGAGAGAGGAAUCGGAGAGUUACUUGGCGACAUCCCUGUAGUAGGACUUGCAUUCGAUAUCUACUUCAUUGAACAAGACAUAGAGCAGUUGGCUAAGUUAAAUCUUAAUAACCCGGCAGACCUCAAAAUAUUACCGUUACGUGUGAUCGAUUUAGCACUUGACGUUAGCACGACUGUGCUGAGCCUAAUAGGCACGUUUUGCCCGGAAGCGGAAGUCAUUACAGAACCUCUGGUGAUUGUCCUCUCAAUAAUACGAAUGGCCAUUGACGACUUUUACAUCGACAUUAUGGCAGAAAUGGAGAAAGUGAAUUGGAAAAGUCCGUGGGCUGGGUUGGAGUUUCUUGCAGCCUUAGUGAAAGGGUUUUUGGAUGGAGCUGCAGAUUUCUUAACAGGAGGCCUCAGAAGACAAAUGGAGUCCUAUAGAAAACAGGAGGAAUACGACAAAACACUCCUUCGGAACCUGACAAACCCCGAUAGUUAUUACAAGAUUAUUGGAGAAAAAGAUGGGAGUGGAGGGACGAUCGAUUUCACCCAAGGCAUGCUGUCAAGUUUUGGCGGUUAUAUAAACUUCAGGCUCAACGACAAUAACCGAGCUACGUUAGAAAUCGGUGACGUCUCUGGCAGUCAUAAAACAAUACGUAAGACAUUUACAGUUGGUUCUGAUGUUAAGAACAUCGUGCUUGGGAUAGGAGAGUCCAGGACUUUCGAAUACAAACACGAAACUGCAAAACUCUGGUUUUUUAUUCCAAUUAAGUCGUAUGAUGUAAUUUGUGGAGCUAAUCUCCAUGAGAAAUCUGUUUACGGCACUUAUUAUGGAAACUCCAAGAAUAACACAUUUUAUGCCGUACAGCAUCAAAAGCCGACAACAAAACCCCCUGGAAAAAAAGAUUCAGAUUGUAACUUUGGCAAGUUAAAUGUUAACUUUGUUACUGGAAACUAUCAUUACAAUCUGUAUGGGCGGGGUGGCAGCGACACCUUUUACUUAGGACCUGAAAUGUCUGCUGUUACAGGAGGCUCGGGUAGUGACCUCUACAUUAUCCAGUCGGACGGCGGAAAAACAGUCAUCGAUAACUUUGCUGAAGAUGACUUGCGCGACAUCGUUGUCAUAAACGUUAACUAUGAUAACAUCCGAUGUCAUCAGAGUAAAACUGAUCUUGAUGUCACUUAUUCCCAGAGCCAUCACAUUCGUAUCACCAACUGGUUCAUUCCCGGAGAUCCUACAUAUUACCGUCAUGUCUCGUUUCGUAGUCUGGACGGGGUAAUUUUUGUUCCAAAACAAGUUUUAAAUAGCGAUGGUGUUCAGGUUGUUCAAUGUGUGGCGGUGGCUCUAGAUCUAGGUACAGCAAGAGGUGAUCAAACGAUUUCACUCAAUGAUCGGAAAUACAGUCAAGUGAAACAAGUAUCGGGAUCGAACGGAACCGAUCAUAUUGUUGGCAACGAUGUCAAUAACAUCCUAGAUGGGAGUCGUGGUGCUGAUCACCUGACCGGGGGAAAAGAUGAAGACACCUACAUUAUCAGAGCAAAUGAAGGCUGCGAUGUUAUUGACAAUAAUGCAGAAGAUUACUUAAACACCACUGACGUUAUUGUCUUUGACGUACCCUUUGAAAUGAUAGACAUUCAAACAGUAGGUAAUGACUUGUCUGUAACUGACAGAAACAAUGCACAGAGCUCGUGCUUUACCAUAACCAACUGGAAGUUAGGAUACCGAUACCGGCAUGUGCUAUUUACCUCCGGAGAUCAUGUUGUAUUUAACGUUACUACCAGUGAAAGCGGACGAGUAUCCAAAGUACCAAUCAUGUUGGACUACAAAAAUUCCGCCACCGGAAUCUGUGUUGAUUUAUCGGAUUCCCCAAGCCCAGACUGUGUCAAACCACCUGGUUACUCCAAUGUCGCCACUGUGUCCGAUUCCCCACACAAUGACCGCGUAGUUGGAAAUGCACAGACAAACUUUUUGAGCUGUUCUGGAGGAGAAGAUUAUCUCGAGGGUGGGAAAGGCACUGACAACUAUGUAAUUAAGAAAACAUGUCAAAGAGCAAUCAUCAACAACUUUGACAAUCGCCAGAAGGUCGAUUUGUUGUACAUAGAGGAAACAUUUGUGAACCUGCGACUGCAGAAGGACAAUAACCAUUUGAGGAUUGUCUCAAAUUAUGAGACACCAAUCAUAACACUUCAUAAUUGGUUUGACUCGGCUGACAACCAGCAUCUUGGAAUACGAACUGUUGAUGGGAUUACGUCAAGACUAAAUAGUAAGACGGUGAAAUUCGAGCCAUACGAAGUAUCUAAGGAUCCGACUGAAUGUCAAUGCACGCGUGCAGGGUGCGACACUGGAGUAAUACCAUACAAUCUGGAGAAUGAGCCUUGGAAACACGUAGUCCGUUUCCAAUUGAAAUCAAGUCACUGUAGUUACAGAAUAUACGGAAAUAAUCUUAAUAAUUACCUCGACCCCGGAACAGGCAAUGGUUAUAAUUAUCAGCAUCUGGAGGGAAAGAACGGAUCGGACACUUACGUGUUUAAUCACGGGUAUGGAGAGUUUAAUGAAAUUAACAAUUAUGCGGACGACGACAAGACGGAUACCCUCAUGCUUGGAAUAGAAUUUGAUGACAUUCGUGUGUAUUUUCAUGGCCAAAAUGAUGUCAUUCUGGAAUCAAACACACGACCUAGCUCACUAAGUGUUCGCAUUCUUGAUUACUUCCGUGGUGUAAAGUAUCAGCACCUUCAGAUUAUAUCAGCGGACAAAGUAGUCUUUAAUAUUUCAAAACAGUAUCCAUGCAGAAUGAUAAUCGCUGUCGACCGAAGAAUUGUCGAUUCGCCACAACGUAUUGAUCCUAAAACGACUAGUAUACUUGCAGCUGCGGAAGAUUUAAAGGGAUCGCUGACCUCUGAGAACAUUCUGACCGGCACCAACACGACACGAGAAAUCGAAGGUGGAGCAGUGGCUGACACUCUACGUGGCGGAGACACAGGAACAAUUUUUGAAGGAAAACAAGGUAACGACACAAUUUAUGGUGGUGCUGGUAAUGAUAUAAUUUUCGGUGGGGAUGGCGAUGACGUUAUAUAUGCCGGCCCUGGAGAUGAUUACAUUUAUGGUGGGAAUGGUGCGGAUAUCAUCGAUGGUGGCAAUGGCACUGAUACACUUGCUUUCAAAGGUGACGGCUCUCUUCGCAAGGGAGUCACUAUUGAUCUCAUUAUUGGAAUUGGAAAAGAAGGUGAUGCUGAGGGAGAUAGCUACAAGAGCAUUGAAAACGUAUAUGGGACGAUUCACAACGACUCUUUGAUCGGAUCCGAUUCUGAUAACAAACUUUAUGCCCUUGAAGGCGAAGAUACGCUUUCUACUCGUGGUGGCGAUGAUAAACUUGUUGGCGGCGAAGGGAAAGAUUUGUAUUUACUCUAUAAGGCUUCGGGGUUGAAAAUAAUCGACAACUACGCAAAUGAUGAGAUUGAAGAUACCCUCUCACUGGCGCAUUUGAAUUCUACUGAUAUUUGUAUUUACUUAGUCGGCAACGAUUUACAUCUACAAGUUGAUGAGUCUAAUUUAGCCUCCGUUCUUUUUUAUGGUGAGCUUUUGACAGUGAUAAUUAGAAACUGGAAAGUGAGUGUCAAGUACAGACACCUCAAGGUGUUAUUUAAUGACACUUUGUGGGAAGGAUUCGCUUUGUCGGCCAUCGCUGCAAGAUUCGACAAGCUGAACAAUAGUGUCAACUACAUCGAAAGGAGCACCAAACUGCAGGUUGUGUCUUCAAACGACACAAGUGUAAGCCUAACAUGGCACCAAUCAAGCGGUCUUUUGUCACAUCCAAAAACUGAGCUUUACCUUGUGCAUUUUCAACGACAGGACCCGGCCAAAACCCUAAAAAAAGCACAAGUGGAUAGUCAAACAUCGCUGACCGUGUCAUCUCUUGAACCAGGUUCCCAUUACGUCUUCGCUCUCGCAUUAACAAAGUGCAACGCAACAAUUGCAGUCUCCAACACACUUUUGACCUAUGGUCGGAAAAGAUCCUGCUCCACAGCACAUGUACCACACUCGUCUGUAGAGUAUACUCCAUCUAAUUCCGCAUCAACUCCAGGUCACGGCACAAUCGCUGAUGUGAAAUGUAAUACGGGGUAUAACAUUUACAUCGACCACACUGAACAAAAUGCAACGUGCUUAGACCAAGAAUGGAUUCCCGCCCUUCCUGUUUGUAAAAAAAUAAAACAGUGUCCUGUUCUCACGAAGCCGAGUAACGGAGAGGUUUCUAGUGACGGACAUCACGAGGGAUCAAAAGCUUAUUAUGUUUGCCACAAAGGAUUCGAGCUUAAUGGACCUAAGGAACGUAUCUGUGUGGAUGAAGCCUGGGAUGGGACAGUUCCUAACUGUCAGCCGCUAAAUUGCCCACGACCGCCAACUGUUGAUAAUGGAUCGUACCUUCCCUGUGACUAUAUAAGACACACAAAUAGGUAUGGCACGUCGAACAAUCCCCUCGAAGGCUACUGUGUUAAAAUUCACUGCAACAACUUAUAUCUUCCAAGUCACGUAUUUUCUGGGAAGACGAAUCGUCUCCGAUGGGAAAGUGACUGGGAGAUACCGCAAGGCGGACGAGUUUGCAACGAUGGAAAGUGGAUUGGAUACGUAGAUGACACGUGUGAGCCUAUUGCCAGACUCGUCGGAGUACAGGAUCAGUGGAAUAGGAAAAGUGGCUUACUUCAACUUUGGCAAGGCGGAGCGUGGACGACUGUUUCGUCUACUCCAGCACAGAACAUUCUUACCCUGUCUUGCAGAAGUGUGGGCAUAAAUCAUCCCGAGGGUGUAACGCUCAGCUCAAGCAAUUCCCAAGUACGGGUAACAUGCUCUAAGCUGCGUUUAGCUCAACCAAUGCCAACCAGAUAUGAAGGACGACUUGAAGUAUUAAAUAACGGCAACUGGGAAGGAGUAUGUGUCACGGAAACAGGAACACCCGCAAGUCAUUCUGCAAGCAUGGAGAUUUGUGAAUCACUGGGCUUUAACUACAUAUCUGCGAUUGUGAGCAUCGCAACAGGUUGGACAGACCAUAGGCUUAUUUGUUCACCGUAAGUAAAUGAUUGAUGUAUGUAUUCAGAAUAACAAAGGGUCGACUGAAUGGAAGAUAUGUUAAAUACGAACAUGACGCCGGCCAGGACGCCUGUUUACAGGAUAAAGUUUUUUUAAUGAGCUGACUGUGUUUGUUUGAGGGCCUACCUAGGUAAAGGGCCAAUGCAAAAUUCAGUUGAGAUCAGAGUAACUGUCUAGAUACGUUUUGAUAGACAAGCUCACUUGCCUUUCUUUUGCAGGUAUAUCUGGUCUUAUUGCAGUUACAACAAAAAAAUAAGCUCAGCGGCUAUUGUGUUAAUCGUGCUGUGUGACAUAAGUAAUUUAACAACAGUUGAGCAGGAAACCUUGCGUGAAUGAAUGCAUGAAGCAUCGCACUAAAAAGCGAAUUUCAAUACUACUACGAAGAAUAUUGAAAGUACUUUACGCGUCUGAGCGCAUCGUGUAAAAAUUCUUUAGCCUCUCAAUGCAUAAAUGAAAGCUGCGAUAUUUUACAGUUCACAAGAGGGUACUCAUUUGCUUAUUACUCGUCUUGGUUUGUGUGUUUUCAACUCUUAAUAAGUGUCUGUGUAUUUCUUUCAGAACAACCCGAGUUGUUCUCCUUAGAAACGGAAAAAGGUAAAUUAUACAUGUGCUCACUUUCAUUUGUGUUUUUUGAAAA